GUUUAAUUCACAGCGAGCUCACAGGCCCUAUAUUUCUCCCUUUCUGUCUUUCUUUCUUUCUUUCAUCUACCAAGGUAUCAUUCCAGCCCAGCCCAUCCAUUCCAUACCAAUCCAACCAACCAAGCCAUCCAUCAGUGAAAAUGUUACAAGGGCGGGGCCCAUCCUACACGCUUUUGUCUGCGUGCGUGUCAUGCUACUGUGCCCUAUCCAAUCCAAUUGUUGCCUGGAGAGUGAAAACGCCGUUUCAAGAAGAAGAAGAUGAAGUGAAAAAGAAGAAGAAGAAGAUGAUGAUGCAUCUGAAAUCCAAUGAACGCCGCGGAAAAGUACAAGCCCCUACUACACUACCCAUCUACUCUGGAUGGAAAGUAGGGGGGCUUGAUAAUGACUCCGAGUAUGCAAAAAGGCGGCAUGCGAAAAGCCAGAUUCCGCCCAGAUUUUCGAUAUAUGCUUAUGUGUGUGUGUGUAUGGGCGUUCCUUAGCCGUUUGUGUGUGAGUAGUUCCUGUGCAUGUGCGUCU